AUGUCAAUAAAAAACAUAUUGCAAAGUUCUAUCAGUGAAAAAGGGGCAACUAGUUAUACAAAUUAGAAAGCCAAAAUCAACAGCAGUUUAUUUCAGCCAGCAAACUCUAAGCUUAUUAAUAAAUCUUCUACUCUCAAUCAUACUCUUACCUAAACAUCUCCAGAUAAAGCGAGUCAGCUCAGACUUGACUCAAGAAGUAAUAUAUAGCUUCAAAUAAAUAGUCAAGAUUAAAGCAAAAAGGUCAAGUUGAAGGACUUUUUAGCCUUAGCCAAGAGUCAAGGCUAGUAUAACCCUCAUUUUUUCAAGAAAAACCUUGCUUUUAAUAGGGGUGCUAAUAGUCCCAAGCUAGGUAAAUCUGGUGAGAGAGAGUCAGUAUUUAAAAGCAAUAAACAGAAACAUAAUAACUUACUGACAGCCAAUUAAGGUAAUAAAAGUGCUGUAAUUACCUCCUCAACAACAUUGCAAGACUUCCUUAGAUCAAACGCUUCCAUGCAAUGUAUCAAAAGAAAUACAAAGGCAUUUUAGGUGUAAGAUGGAACAGUCGAUGACUAUCAUGAAUACUUACUAGGAUAGCAAGAUAAUCAGAUGAGAGGAAUGCUCAGAGUCAUGAAUCCUCAGCAAAGCAGUCUGGUUUCAUUCCCCUAUCCCUAAAACAUGAUCAAAAGUCAGUAUAAAGAAUAAUACUCUUAUAAGGAUAAAGUCAAACAGGGGAAUUUUAAUAUGGAAAAAGAGAAACUAUAUUUCAAGUAAUACAAGAGACCUCAAACCCAAGCUGCAAAUCCUCGUAGAUAGAUAUUAAAAGAUGAGGUCAUUGAUCCCUAUAAAGAUUCAGGUAGAAUAGGAACUGUUGAGGACUAACUAGAUCCAAAAAAUAAUUAUUUAACAACAACUAGAGGAGCGUUUCAAGAUCCAUUUAAAAGCAAAUUUAUUAGAAGUGUGAGUACAAAAAAUGGUGAAAGAUCAACUAAUUUAGUUUAAGAUAACUGUUUUCCUUAGAAUAGCAUGUAUAAAGCUGCAUUCGUAAACUGGGGCAAAGGAGUGAAGCUAGUUGAAAAGAGACCAGAUUUGCCUCGCUAAUAUAAAUUGAGAUUUUUUGGGAAAUCUACCUACAAGGAAUAAUGUGAGAAUUCUGAUAAGAUGUGGAAAGAGAUAAAAGAAAAAAGAAACUUUCAUCAAAAUAUGGAUACUCAAUAUCAAAAUAUACUUAGACUGUAAAUGGCUGGUAACUUAGGAAGUAUCACAAAAUCUUCAAAUUUCCUGAAUAAUAGAUACAGUCAUGAUUUUGGGAACUAUCAGGAUAAAGGUGACUUUGGAAUAAAUAAGACAUUUCAUGUGAAUAUAGAUUAUAAUAAUGAGAGUAUAGAUUUCACUCUAGAUAAUAGUAUGGAUCAUCUGAAUAGCCUCAAGAAAAGAGGUGAUCAUUUCUUAACAAGUAAGAUGAAAAAUGACAGAGAAAUAGAGAGAAAUAUCAGGCACUCUAAAAACAGAGGGGAGAGGGCGCUCUAUAAAGACUAUAGAUCAAAGCCUUUCAUUCGACCAAAGAGUGCCCUAUAAACUACCAUGAGUGCAUCUUAGUAAUUAAGACAAAGCCCAGCACACUUCGACACAACUUAUAAGAAAAAUUUCAUUAAACAUUAGAAUAAUAAGCCACUCUAUGUUCCUUAUCCAUGA